AUGUCUCUCGAAGCUACGAUGAUUAUUGUCGACAACAGCGAAAGCAGUCGCAAUGGGGACUAUACAUCAACCCGGUGGCAAGCUCAAGUCGAUGCCGUUAGCAUCAUCCACAGUGUGAAGAUGCGUGUACACCCGCAGUCGGCCGUUGGCCUGAUGAGCAUGGGCGGCAAGGGCCCCGAGGUUCUAUCGACCUUUACCACAGACUUUGGCAGUAUUCUUUCUGGCCUGCACCAGACCAAAAUUCACGGCACGUCGCAUCUUAGCUCAAGCAUCCAGGUCGCAGCCUUGGCACUGAAGCACCGAUCUGAGAAAUCGCAACGGCAACGUAUCAUUGUAUUCUCAUGUUCGCCCAUCGACGAAGACGAAAAGACACUCGUUAAGCUUGCCAAGAAAAUGAAGAAGAUCAACGUUUCGAUUGACGUGGUUGCUUUCGGUGAUUUGGAAUCCGAUCAAACCAAGAAGCUAGAGGCCUUUGUGGACAAUGUGACAAGUGGCGAGGGCUCCUUCCUGGCCAUCAUCCCACCGGGCCCUCACCUACUCAGCGAGGAGCUCCAGCAGACUCCGAUCCUGGCAGGUGAGGGUGCCGGAGCCAGUGCCCCAUCCGGUGGUGAGGGUGGUGAAUCUGGUGGCUUCAACUUCGAGGAUGCAGCGGAGGAUGAUCCCGAACUGGCAUUUGCUUUGCGGUUAUCGCUCGAGGAGGAGAAGAACCGACAGGACAAGGAGAAGCGGGAUCGCGAUGAGCAGGAGGGCAAGACGGAUCUGGAUGGCAUUCCCGAAGAAGGUCAGGGCGAAUCUAGCGGUGACAAGAAGGAUGACGACAAGAUGGACACUGCGUAG